UAAUGCUAACGAAGAUCUUGGAGAAGACCCUGAGCGGAGAAGGAACAUUUGAGGCAGGCUUGUGGAAGCAUCUGCUGUGGGCUGAAGCAAUCAGGAAUAGAAAAUCCAAUCAUGAUUCUAAUUCUGUGGCAUCGGGCAAGUUAGCUGGGUUUGGGCCGUUUGGGGAGCACGCUGUGAACGCCAGCUGGAUUGCAGUCCAGGAGCUGGAGAAGCUGGGGCUGAGGGAUGAUGUGGAUCUGCAUGUCUAUGAGGUCCCUGUUGAGUACCAGACCGUGCAGAGACUCAUUCCUGCCUUGUGGAAGAAGCACAGUCCCCAACUGGUGGUCCACGUGGGCGUGUCGGGCAUGGCCACCACCGUCACCCUGGAGAAGUGUGGCCACAACGUGGGCUACAAAGGGCUGGACAACUGCCGCUUCUGCCCGGGCUCGCAGUGCUGCGUGGAGGGCGGCCCCGAGUGCAUCGACUCCAUCAUCGACAUGGACGCUGUCAGCAGCCGUGUCUCUGCCCUGGGGCUGGAUGUCACCGUCACCAUCUCCAGGGACGCGGGCAGGUACCUGUGUGACUUCACCUACUACACCUCCUUGUACCAGAGCCGUGGCAGGUCAGCAUUUGUGCACGUGCCUCCCCUGGGGAAGCCUUACUCUGCAGAGCAGCUGGGCCGGGCACUGCAGGCCAUCAUCGAGGAGAUGCUGCAUUUCCUGGAGCAUUCCGAAGGCAAAAUCAACUGCCAGCACGAACACUGAGCAGCUCUUUCUCUCUCUCUCUCCUAGUAUUGCACUUCUAAAAAAAUUUUUUCCCCUGCUCUGAUGAAGUUUUGGGGGGGGGGGAAAGAGAAAAAAACAAAAAAUAAAUCAAGCGGCGGUUCCGGAUGCAGAAUUGGAGACUUCAAAAAAAGGAAAAUUCUUCAAAUUCUUCAAAUUCUUCAAAUUCUUCAAAUUCUACAAAUUCUACAAGUUCUACAAGUUCUACAAGUUCUACAAAUUCUACAAAUUCUACAAGUUCUGCAAAUUCUGCAAAUUCUGCUUAGAAAUUCACUUUUUUGUUGUUGUUGUUGAAUCUGUGAGUUCCAGCCUGAGCAGCGAAGGAUUGGGAAUCUCCUCUCUAGAACAUUCCUGGGAGCUGCCAGGGGGGUUCCUCACCCUGAGCCAGCUCACCCAACCCUCCCCCUGGCCAAUCCUUUUGCUCCCAGUUGGUUUUGGGUUUUUCUGACCCGAAUUCCAGGUGGUGAUGGUGAGGAAGCACAGCUGGAGCUGGGUGCCGUGGGCUUGGCUUGGGAAGCAGAGUUUGGUGGGAAUGAGGAAUUGCUCUGCUGGAGUGGAAGAUGAUUUUGGGCACUGAUUCCUCCCUCCACAUCCUGCAGACACCCACAGCAGGAGGGAUUUGUCUGGGCUACUUCUGGAACCCAAAUCCAGCUGGAUUUUAUUUUAAUUUUGGAGCUUGAUCCUUAAUUUUGCAAAUCUCUUUUUGCUGCCUCUCUCUCUCCUGACCACCUCCCUUCCUCGAGGACCUCCUGUAGCCAACAGCUCGGUUCAAACAUGUCCCAAACCAAUCUGGAAUGGAUAAAGACUUUGCUGAGGGCCACUGUCCCCACGGGACAUCUUUAUCCUGGUGCUCCAUGCUGGUUUUAAGGUGAAAGUUGAGUAAUUUAUCAUUUCCCCUGCUUCAAAUCCCCCCCAACCUCGUGUUCCAGGUGAGGAGUGUUCAGCUGAGAUCCCAAUUCCACCUGGGUUGGAGUGGAGGCAUUAAAAGUGCAGGUGGGAAAUCUGCAAACAUCAAAAUUAAAAAAAUGAAAAAUAAAAAGGCAGAUGGGAAAUCUGCAAAAAUCAAAAUUAAAAAAAUCAAAAUUAAAAACGUGGAUGGGAACCUGCAGAAAUCAAAAUUAAAAAAUGCAGAUGGGAACCUGCAAAAAUCAAAAUUAAAAAUGCAGAUGGGAAAUCUGCAAAAAUCAAAAUUAAAAAUGCAGAUGGGAAUCUGCAAAGAUCGAAAUUAAAAAUGCAGGUGGGAAAUCUGCAAAAAUCAAAAUUAAAAAAUCAAAAUUAAAAAUGCAGGUGGGGAAUCUGCAGAAAUCAAAAUUAAAAAUGAAGGUGGGAAAUCUGCAAGAAUUAAAAUUUAAAAAUCAAAAUUAAAAAGGCGGAUGGGAAAUCUGCAGAAAUCAAAAUAAAAAAUGCAGAUGGGAAUCUGCAAAAAUCAAAAUUAAAAAUGCAGAUGGGAAUCUGCAAAAAUCAAAAUUAAAAAAUCAAAAUUAAAAAUGCAGGUGGGAAAUCUGCAAAAAUCAAAAUUAAAAAAUCCAAAUUAAAAAUGCAGAUGGGAACCUGCAAAAAUCGAAAUGCCAGCUCUUCAGCCCAACCCCACAGCCUGGCAAGCAGAGGCAGUGGUGGGAAAUGCAGGAAUUCUGCUCAGGGGAGGAUUCCAGGCUCUCCCCUGGAGUUCCCCUCCCGUGCCUGCAGUGUGGGAAAAAAAUGUGAAAAAAAUCUGAAAUUGUGGGGUGCUGCGAGUGCAAAACCAUCUCUGGGGAUAAAGGGUUGGGGGGGAAGUGGGGCUGAGGAGUUCUGGUGUGGAGCAGAGGAUUUGGGGACGUUCUGCUGGGCUGGGUUUGGGUUCAGCAGUGCCUGCUGCUGCUCCUGGGAAUUCCCCAGCAAUUCUCUGGGAUCUCAGCAGGCUCCUCCUGGGGGGGAUUCACUGCCAAAUUUUGGGGUUGCAGCAAAAAAAAAAACAGAAUUUGGAGCAGGACCAGGAAAAGCUGGGAGCUGAGGCUGCUUGGGUGGAGAAGCCUGAGAUGCUUUUGCAGACAGAAAUGUAUUUUUGGGCAGGGUUUGGAAGGUUUUAACCCCCGUGGUUUGGAAUUUCCCUGGUGCUGCCUGGCUCUGCUCUAGUAACUCUCAGUGAGAGCUGCUGUGGGACAAAGCCACCCCUGGGGACCCCUGAGGUGGGACAGAACCUGUGCAGGUGAGGGGGAAGCUCCUGCUCUGCACCCCCCGAGCAGGAGGGGUUUGGAUAGAGCCAGGGAAAUUCCUGCUCUGCUCUCCAUCCAGGCCUCCCUGCUCAGAGGAAUUUGCCUUCAAGUGAAAUAUUGUCAUUCCCAUCAACUCUGAUUUGUCAGAUUUCCUGAUUAGUAAUUUAUUUUAUUUAAUAUUUUGUUGAAAUCUU